GUCACUUGUUUCCUGUCUCCAAACUCCAAAUUUUUCCUCAUCAUCCUCUUGGCUAGGUCUCCUAUAUCACCAUGACUCUCUGGAUCAGCUCUCUGCCUCUCCUUGUUUUGAUUGCUGUUUCUGCCCCUACCAUUAGUUACGCUCUUCCCAAUCAGCAUCUAUGUGGCUCUCAUCUAGUGGAGGCUCUCUACCUUGUAUGUGGUGACCGAGGCUUCUACUAUUCUCCCAAAACACGUCGGAACGUCGAACAGCCCCUAGUGAGUGGGCCUCUACAGAAUGAAGUGGAAACCCUGCCAUUCCAGCCACAGGACUUUCAGAAGGUGAAGAGAGGAAUUGUUCAGCAAUGCUGUGAAAAUACCUGUUCCCUAUAUGAGCUGGAAAACUACUGCAAUUGAAAGAGCAAAAUGGGGCCAUGUAGGAGUGAAUGGAGAAGAAAGCACUUUGCUAUUGCACCUUCAAAGUAACCAAAUAAAAAUCUAUGUGUGUAUUUA